AAAUUCAGGCAGCGGAAGUUUGUAAUUAUAAUGGAAUGUAUUGCUUUAAAAUACCGGUAGCCUAUGUAUUCACCUAUAGAUCAACAUUUCUCAUGUUGUAGAUAAACGAAAUACAUUAACACUUUAACAAAAUAAGGGAGGUACAGAAAGCCGAAGUUUGAAAGAAAAAUACUAUAUCAUCAGUUGCACGGAAGUAAUAAAAAAAACAUGAGAUGGUUUGCCAAAUAACUUGUUUAGCCUACUUCACACAUGGUACACAGAGAGGGCUGCUAAAGAGAAAGACACACCCUACGAUGCUAUAGUUCAAAACUGGUCUCUAGUUUCCUCAUUCGAGGAAAAGGAUCCGUAACCUAUCUAACAUGUAUCGCUGCUCUAUAUUUCUUCAUGCUCUGUAUUUUCUUAAUUAUUGGUUCGUAGCCCUACAAGGGUCAGAACUUAAUUUGUCUAAUGUUUUUUUGCUCAAGGGAAAGGAUUUAUUCAUGGAAUUAAAAACACAGCAACCCACCAGUCAGUUUGUAUGGCGCUUUAAAAUAAAAAAUAAUAUAAUAAGAUAUAUUCCUGGUCAAAAAGGGGAUUUUGAAAAUGUCUAUGGCAAAAGGGUAUUCAACAAAGAAUUAAAUUACUCAUUGCAAAUAAAAAAUGUAGGAUUGAAUGACAGUGGACUUUACCACGCAAUAGAUAGUGGUGCACAAGAAACAAUUAUUGCUGGAUACAACGUCAUAGUUCAAGAGCGGGUAUCACCAGUGGUCCUGAAUGUGUCGUCUGUGUCUCCCAGUCCUGGAUCCUGUAACGUGACCGUGACCUGUAGCACUCAGAGCUCCUCCUUAAACUCCACCUUCACCUGCACCCCUCGGACCUGCUCUGAGGAUGGAGGAGACCCAGCAGAGGUCGUGACCUCCGAUGCCCGGCUCAACCUCUACCUGUCAAAUGGUUCGAUCGGCAUCUGUAACCAUAGCAACAAAGUGAGCAGGUCAAGGUCCACGAUGGACAUUAAACCUCUGUGUUUUAAAGAUGGUAAGAUUAGAGCAAAUAUUUAUUAUCUGAUCUGA